AAGAAUUUCGAAAACCCUAUCCGCAGCAAAACCCUCCACCCAUCUUCGCUUCAACCUCUCUUCGCUUCAACCUCACUCUGCCACUUCUUGACGCGAAACGAACUGCCAUUGUUUUUGGUUGGAGAGUGAAAAAGAUGAGAGCCUGCAAUACCCUAAUCCGCACAUCUCAAUAUAAACUCCCUUUCUGCGCUAAACCUUUUUCUCCUUUCCCCCUUCGUCCCCCCUCUUCAGUUCAUUUAUGGACGAGAAUUAGUCCCUACAGAAUGCGCGGAAGACCCUUUACUUCACCGCCGGAAGCCAUCCCUCUAGAAGACCAACCCCCGGAAAAUUCUACCAAAGAUACGGUAGAGCACCUGCUGACCCACCAAGAUGAAGUGGUAAGAUUGAUGAAAAUGGAGCGCAGGUCGACCAUGUCAGAAACCCAUAACCGGUGGUUCCCUUACUUGGAUAGGUUAAGGUGUGGGAGCCAGUACCUGAGCAGUGAGGAAGUGCUGGAGGCAGUGGCCCCAAUCAUGAUGGAGGAGAGGAAGCAGAGGUUGAAAAGAGUGGUGAUGAGCCGGAGCUACUCCGUGUGCUUGGUGGUGGAGGGUUUGAGUGAUUUUGGAAAUGUUUCAGCUGCUUUCAGGUCUGCUGAUGCACUUGGGCUGCAGUCUGUUCAUGUGGUAUCAUGUGACAGCUCGAAAAGGUGAUACAGAGAUAACCGUCAUGUUAGCAUGGGUGCAGAGAAAUGGCUGGACAUAGAACUUUGGAACUCACCUAAAGAUUGCUUUGAUGUCCUAAAAUCACGUGGCUAUCGAAUAGCCACAACUCAUGUUGGAAUGGAUGCAGUAUUCAUCAAUUCUCCCUAUCAUUUGUGCUUCUUAUUAAAAAGUCAUUUUUAGGAUAAAGUAGGAUCUUUUUCCUUGUUUGCCUGAAUGAAUCCAUUUUUCUAAGCUCAAAUUUGGAACAGCUACUGAUACAUAAGAGUUAAAUAAAUGGAGUGUCCGGUACUGGUGAUUCCAAUAGUUGUUUGUCUGCUAGACAUAAUGCUAACUUAUUUGGUGUUAUUUCUAGGUAUCCAUAUAUGAUAUGGACUGGUCUUGCCCCACUGCAAUUGUAGUUGGGAAUGAGAAUAGGUAAUUAAAUAUGUAAAACACUAACAUUUACCUACAAGUCAUGGAUGCUAGCAUGAUGGGGAAUUAUUAUCCCUCAGAUGUUCAGUGGUGGUUAAGGUUGGUGAGGAUUUGAUUGCAGGGGCAUUAGUGAUGAGGCCCUGGAACUGUCAGAUUUGCACUGUAGUAUUCCAAUGAAUGGCAUGGUGGAUUCUUUUAAUGUUUCCGUUGCUGCAGGCAUCCUUAUGCACCAUGCCGUUUGUGACAGAACUUCUCGCCUGGUAAUUUGAAUGGUCUUACUUAAUCUUGUGUUGUCAUUCUCAUGCACCAUGCCUUUGGUUAUCUCCUGCUAAUUGUUAGUAUUGUGUUUAUUCCAAGAUUGUGUGAUUAAUUGGGAAGAGACAAGACAACUCUGCUUUACCUAUGACCUUAUGGCUUCAUUUUAAUUGGAAACAACUUUUACCUUUAGAAUUUGUUACCGUGCAAGAAACAAAUUUCAGCUUGGAUGUGCAUGAGAAACCAAAAUUGACUUCUCUUUUGUAUUUCUUCUUAUCAAUUUCAUGUAUCUACAAAAGCAUAAUCUUGUAGGUUAAUUUUUUAAUCUUAAGAAUGCUAGUUUGGCCAGUCGAGUUACCUUUA